AUGACAAUUACAAAAGCAGCCACAACUGAAGAUAUCGAUGUUGUCAGCUGUCCACCAGUUUUGUCCACAAAAAUGAGCGUUGAUUCGAUGUCUCCAUCAUCUGCAUGUGAUUCAUCGUUUGAUUCUAAAGAGCAUAGCUGUGUUUGUUGUGCAUUUAUGAGCACAGAUAGAGAAUCUUGGUGCAACUGUAAAGACUACAAACGUGACAUCACAAGAAUGAAAGAACACCACUUUAGAAAUGUAGAUGAUGAUCGAAAAACCUAUAACGCUGAUAUUGUAUUGUUCAAAUUUAGCUUCAAAUCUGUGUUCAUCGUUGCCGUAAUUACGGCUUUGUUUGCGAUAGUAGCAGCUUUCGGAUUUGGCUUUACUCUUGACUAUUCGCACAAUGUCGGCUACAAAACGUCCUGUGGGAAAAGUUAUUUGCCAUCAUUUUCACGAGUAAUUAAUUUGCCGGUGGAGAGGUUAAUCUGGAAUUUCCUUAUGCCCAUUCAUGUCAGUUUAAGACCAUUCUUUAUUUGGGUAAAUUGCAAAAAUAGUUACAUGAAAAAAACUACAGAGUUGCGACGCAAAACAUGCAGUUGUGCUCGCAUAGUUGUUGUAGUAUCGGGUGUUAUUGAGUUGAUCAGUUUGGUCGGAUUAACUGUUGCUGGCGAGCGAGAAGAUGGAAGUUAUGAAGCAUUUGCACUGGUUGAAUAUACAGCAAUCGCGGUCAAUCUACUGUUCCACAGUACAGCACUGUUGGAUAACAAUGAUACGUAUCAAAUAACUGCCAAGAUUCAUUACUCAUAA